AUGUUUACAUUUACCCUGAAUCCAACUACUGCUUUUCUAAGGCAAGCCGUGGGAAGCUUCGUUCAGAUGGGCUUCAGAGAAGGCGUGAUCUGUGUCGCACCUGACGACGUCACAUUGGUGGCAAGGAUGCCAGGCGUAGGCGUCCCUGUCUUAGCCCUGCGGAUGAAACCUUGGAUGUUCAGCUCCUUUAGCUGCGCUAAGAGCGUCUGCCUGGCCUUUGACCUCACUCUCUUCUACCAAAAUCUCUUUAAAGUCCUCAAGGGUGAUUUACUCCAGCUCUCUGGUAGUGCCAGCGCUUAUUGCAUUCACUUUGAUCUCCUCAACUAUUCGGAAAAGCUAGAAACUAGGCAAGUCUUUGCAACUCAAUUUCCCAUGCUUUCAACAUACAUUGGUCGGAUGAAUGUACCUCAGCUCCGAAAUCACUAUCAAGUAGCCGUCGGGAUACCUGCGGAGGACUUUAGGCUUCUUAUCAUGAAGCUGCGCCAGUUCGGGGUGCUAGUUUAUGCAAGCAUAACAGCAACUGCAGUUGAGUUCUCUGUCGGACAUGAGGUGGUUAUUUUCAAGAAGCCUAACCAGUGUACUAUUAUGGGUGCUGUGGGGGAAGAUCCAGUUGUCUUGGUGUUCAAUCUGAUUCACUCUGGCGCAAUCCUGAAUGCUUCAAUCUGUCAAACAAGGUGUUGUUGUUUGGCCAGACCCGUGCCCGAAGGUGAUGAGAAUGGUCUAACCAUCUCUGAGUUCUUAAGCAAAGUCAAAUCAGAUUUCAAAUUAUGCAAAUUCAAUUUUUCUCCAUUGUCAAGACUUCGAUCGCAAGUGUGA